AUGGGAGUUCGUGGUUUAACUACAUUUAUCGCAGCAAAUGCAUCCGUUUAUCUAAAACCGCACGAAUUGCACGAUACAAAACUUAUCAUCGACGGUGACAAUCUGUGUCUGCAGCUGUUCCGCAAAUCUCUCAUCAACACGGUCGCACUGGGCGGUAACUACGACGUGUACUUUCGGAUUGUGAUAGACUUUUUCGAGAAGCUGCAGCUGGCCAACGUUACACCGUACGUACUGCUGGACGGUGGGUACGAGAAGCGUAAAAUGUCCACCGUCCGGUACCGGUUGAUGCAGAAGGUGGAGAAAAUGAAGGGAUUCCACCUUGCGGCAAUCGGUGGCACACCACCACCGAUGUUGCGUGAGGUGUUUGUCGAUGCGCUGCGUGUAGCCGGAGUGCCCUUCAUGCGCUGUCCGUUUGAGGCGGACGAUGAGGUGGCUAUUUUGGCGCGAAAACUGAACUGCCCGCUGUUGAGCUACGAUUCGGACUUUUACAUACACGACGUGCAGUAUAUACCGUACGUGACGCUGUCGAACAAGGUGUUCCACCAGGUGUCCGACAGGGAAGGGAACAACUUUAAGAUAGGGAUUGUGCAACGGAAGCAAUCGAAAAAGGCACAAGAUCGGACGGAGGCUGUUAGGUAUGUAGCCCAGUAUGGGGAUGAGUCGGUGCUGGAAGGUGAAGAAGCGGAAGCGUACUCCUAUCUCGACUGUUGCCUGUACACGAUCGACAAUCUGAUCGAACCGCAUGAGCGGCUGGGCAAAGAGAUGGUACCACUGUUUGCGGUACUGCUCGGGAACGAUUACAUCGGACGAAGUGUGCUGAAACCCUUCUUCGAGGCAAUGCAGUUAGGUAAUAUGAAUAGUAAUUUUUUCCGACACGAGCGUCGAUUAAAGUUAUUUCUUAAGUGGCUACAGAAACAUACGCUAGAAUCGGCUACGCGGGCUAUAAUGCGAUGUAUAAAGCAAGCAAACAAGAAGCGAGUCUAUCGGCAGAUUUUGACCGCGAUGCGUGGAUACAAUUGUGAGGAUUGCACCGCUUUACAUUACUUUGGUUUAGAGGAGGUUGUCCAGGUAAGCGAACCUUUGGAAGAUGAAGAAAUCGAGAAGGAAUUAGAGGCACGGGUAGGCGAGGUGGAUGAGGAUGGAGGAGAUGGACUAAUGAUGGAAGAUUUCGAUGUAGAAAUUAUGAUUGAUAAUGAGGGUAACGAUCAGGGGCAAGAGCACGAACAAGAUCAGGAUCAAGAAGCGAUAUCGGGAAGUGACAAUGACGAUGAUUCUUGUGCUGAAGAAGAGAGCGUUAAAGACGAGGAAGAAAAAGCAUCUGCUUCCGAUCACGAAGAAUCCAAUUCGGAGGACAAAAUCAACGACGAUCCCGAUACGGCACCGGAUGAGGAAGAACCAGCUCGCAAAAACAAAUACACCGACCGCAAUUGGCCCGAAUGGUUCAAAGAGCUGUACCGUGCCGGGAAAGUUCCACGUUUUUUGGCAGAUCUUUUACACUCCAAUUGCUACAUAAACUAUCCCCAAAUAGAAGACCUCCAACGGCCAGAUAGUAACACACCAGCCUAUCCUAUUUUGCGAACCAUUUUUGCCAUCCUUAAAACGGCAUUCAGCGUAAAAACGACGGACUUUAAGUACCUCACGCGAAGGGUUGGAAGGGCCGGAGUAAGAACGAUGAUUUUCCGUGACGCUUGCUUACCUCCAGGCACUAGUUACGACCCAUCCAAAUUGCCAAAUGUGUCCAUACUCUCGAAACUCUAUCAACAGUCCGGUAUCGAGAAGUGGCAAGAAUUAUUUCGAGCAAUUAAAAGCGUUCCGAGCAAUCUACGGUUAUACUUUUUGGCGAUAAUUUAUUGGGCGAAAAACUGUAGAUUGGUAAAUGCGGCACACGUGCACGCACUGAUUAUCUGCCUUUUACAGCUGCAAAUUAUUGAUAAAUCGUUAAAAAGCUUGUACCGCGAUGUAGAUCAAUUUCGGCAUCAGAAUCGAUCGUACUUGGAACAGCAGCGAAAAGCAAGCAAAAGAACCAAUGGUCCCAGUACGGAAAAGAAUGACACAGCAGCACCAUCAUCUGCGACCGAGUUUAAUCGAACGUUUUACAACAAGCUAACAAGUGGAACAUCGCGCGCAGAACUGAUGCUAGCGUACGACGAGUUAAUACAACAUUUUUCGGUGAAUGAAAAUACUACGGUCGGCAGUCGUAAAUCAGCGAUUGCUCCCAAUACGAUGCAUACGCUGGCCAACUUCCAGGCAGUUUGUUACAAUCUUUACGGCUUAAUACCACUGUUGGGCUACCCGUUCGAUAAUCUGCACAUGCACGAACUUUACAACAAUCUGUACGUAUACAACGUGUACGAAUGGAUAAAGGCACGUGGUGAUCUGUUUGAAUUUGAACGAACGUCUAUGUUUGCGCAUUCGCCGGCCCUGCUCACGGCGGUGCGUGUAAUGAUGGAAUUUGUUCAAACGUUCGUACCCGAGCUGAAGGAUAGAAAACGUGCGAAAAUUGCAGCAUCCAAGAGAAAGAAAACGGAAAAUGUGUCAGGAGAAGUGAAGCGAAUACUUGAGCAGCAAGUAACGCCCAGCAAUGAUUGGGAAACAAAGAACGAUACGGAGGAGAGUGAUGAGGGCGAGUUUAUUGAUGAGAAUAAUGCGUUUAGCCAGCUUUUGUUAGUACGCUGAUGGGG